ACAACAAAAGCUGACGUCCUAGCUCUGUGAGCCAGAAGGAACUCACUGUCACGAAGGAAUCAUGAUGUCCUGGCAGCCUCUAUGGAUGUAGAUUUUGAUUAUCCUCUCACUGGAACAGUUCUAUGAAUCGUUUUCUUUUCUAACUAGAAAUGUGAAACAUUUUCUAAGGAAGCACCUUGAAAAAUAUUCCAGCCGAUUACUAAUGGACUCAAGGACAAAUCUGAAGGCUGUGGAAAUUCAAGAAGCUGACGAAAAUACUAAGGAUACCAGAAACCUGCUACUAGUCAAUCAAUGUGAAAGCCCUUAACCAUGAGAAUGAGGAAAGAAUUAUCUAUGAGUGAUGUACAAGAGUGGGGUGAUGAAGAAGAAGAUGGAGUAAUAUACAAGGUCACCCUAAGGAGGUUAAAGGUACAGCAUGCUCCUGAAGAAAGAAAUGAUUCAGAGACUCUAGCAUUAGAUAAAGAACCAAACUCUGGGUUCAUCCAGUACAAGACAUGCAAAACAAGGACUUUGAAAGCAGCAACACUGGAAAAGCUGGUCGGCCACCUCAUCACAGCGUAUGCAGAAAAUGAUCAUGCAUACAUCUGCAGCUUCCUUUCAACUUACAGGGCUUUUACCAGGACAGACAUAGUACUCGACUUUCUCUUCAAAAGAAACAGCAGCCAUGAUGGGAGGCCAAGUGAAAACAGUCCUUGUGUGGAUUCCCUGGAAAAAGCUGCAUCUGAGCAUAAGAGUGCUUUGAUGUUUAUUCUUCACUUGUGGCUGGAAGAAUACACAGUGGAUUUUCAGGAGGACCCACCACAUUCUUCUCUACAAAAACUGAGAAUGCUUGUGAAGCAAGACUUCCCUGGAACACCGCUGCAGCAAAAGACAGAACAACUCCUGCAGAAACUUCAAGAAAGUAGCAGAGCUGAACAGGAGACAAAUGGCUUACCUACAUCUGGCCAUGAGAUAUUGUUGCACAGCGAGCACAAAGACGAAACACAAGAUUUCAGGGAAGAACAGGAUUUCCUGACUUUUUCAUCAGACAUUGUGGCAGAGCAGCUCACAUUAAUGGAUGCUGAGCUGUUUAUGAAAGUACAGCCAUUUUACUGUCUGGGAUGUAUUUGGUCUCAAAGGGAUAAAAAAGAAAAUAGAGAUCUUGUAGCAACAGUACGGGCAACCAUUGCACAGUUCAACACUGUCGCUAACUGUGUCAUUGCUUCUGUUCUAAUGGAUACUCAGCUGAAACCACUGCAGAGGGCAAAGGUUAUCGAGAAAUGGAUAGAAGUUGCUCAGAGUUGCAGAACCUUGAACAAUUUUUCCUCUCUAAGGGCCAUACUGUCUGGACUCCAGUCUAAUGCCAUAUAUCGUCUGAAGAAAACCUGGGCCGUAUUGUGCAGGGUGCAUUUGGCUGUGUUCCAGCAACUCUCAGAAAUCUUUGCAGAUGAAAACAACUACUUCAGCAGGCAAGAGAUUGUCUUGCAGAGCAUGACCCAAGGCACAGUUCCAUACCUGGGUACGUACCUAACAGCCCUUCUGAUGCUGGAUAUUGCUCUACCAGACUAUGUACAGAGUGGGCUUAUCAACUUUGAGAAGAGGAGGCGGGAGUUUGAAAUCCUUGCUCAGAUAAAACAACUGCAGGCCAGUUGCAACAGGUAUGUUCUGACCUCCAGUCCUCAGAUCAUAAGCUGGUUCUACAAACAGCGACAACUUACAGAUGAGUUGAGCUACAGCAUAUCUUGUGAAAUUCAGCCCCCUGGUGACUGCCAGCCUUGUUCACCAAAACUUGGAAGGAGGUUAACCAAAAGACUGAGCCGGUUACUGUGGAACACGGAAAGUAUAGCAACAAAGUCCGGGCCAGACACAGUCAGCAUUUCUUCUUCUGGGUCCAGUGGUGGUUCUGAUAUGGAAGAUGGCGGUGCCUCAGCCUUUACUUCUCCAACUGUACUGGAUGAUCUGAACCUGCCUGAAAAAAAUGCUAUCCCUACAACUUCUGGCUUUAGUGGUGACAUUUCUCCAGGCAGGCAAAGAGCCCAUAAAGACACAAACACAACAAUAUUUCCUGUUUACAACCAACAGACUGCGGACUCCUGCAUUAUCCGAGUGAGUGUUGAGAACAAUAACGGGAAUCUGUAUAAAAGCAUUUUGAUGACAAGUCAAGACAAAACGCCCACUGUAAUCCAACGCGCUUUAGAGAAACAUAACCUGGAAUACAAUAGUCCAGAGGAGUUCCAACUAAUUCAAAUUCACGAGGGCAAAGAUCUGAUAUUUCCUGAUGAUGCCAAUGUAUUUUACGCCAUGAACACUUCUGUAAACUUUGACUUUGUUCUUCGAAGGAAGCAAAGAAGUCACUCUGUACCACCUGCAGUAUAAGUUUCUAAACCACUUUUCAACCAGUGAUGAAACUUGGAUGUACUAAAAUUUAAUUCACAAUGAGGUUCUUAUCCUCCAUCUAAACAUUUUCCCAUCAUUGAUACGUUUUUUUUUUCACAAGUUGUGUAUUAAUUUGCAAGCCCACUGCCAUUUUUAAUGUACCUGCUAGUCAAUCACAAAACUCCAUGUAAACAUUAGUGAAGAUGAAGCAUCAUGAUAAAACAGUGCCUAGAUAUAUCUGUGAUAAUCACCAUCUAAGAAAAGAGAAACUAAAGAAACAGGAGUUCCUUUGAUUUUAAAAUGCAGAUUGCUAAUUCUCAAGCAAUUGGUGUAAGAGAAGUGCACAAAUAUGUACAGAUCACAAGGCUAGAAGCAGAAACAUUUUGAAUCCAGUUUAGAAUUUAGAUUACAACUGACUGAUAAGAAAUAUGGGACAUCAGGAGAAGACAAUUCAUCCAUAUAACUGCAGAGGUUGAAUACACAGUUUACAAUCAUUGACCAUCUGGGAACAUUGGUAUGGAUUAUAACAAAUGUUCUUUAGAUUGAGACCAGGAAAUGAUUCCCCAAUUAACAGAAACUAAAUUUGUAAAGGAAAAGGACUGCUUGGUUGAUUCUCUCUCCUAAAAAUAUUCAGCCUUCUCUGCCUUUACCAGCUCAAAAUAGUCAUAAACAAAUACAUGAUUAGGUAUCUAACAGUAUCCAAACCAGAUGUACACUCUGUAAACACCUUAUACCAUUUAUUGCCAUUAUUUCUAGUGGAUACUUAUCUCAGCCCUCCACAAUUCUUUCCACAAAAUGCCUUCUCAUGAGCUUUCUAACAUCCUUGUUACCCUCUUGGUCUUAUAGCCACUGAACUUUAAGUCUUUAAUUGGAAAACAACUCUCCAUUCAUGCUGCAUGCAUCUCAUAGACUAUAGGUAUGUCUGUCAUAUCACAGCAUGACACUUUCACAGUUCUACAAUUCUACAAAGAACAAAUUCCUUGCAUGCAAGAAUGUGUCUAUUUAUGUGUUCACUGUCUACUUAGUUUGCACACACAUACACACUCAGACCUCAUAAGCGCAUAUUCAUGGCGAUAUUUCUUACUCUUUUUCUAUGUACUACCUUCCUUUUGCAUCUAUCACAUGCAUGAUUAAAACUCCACGGUGCUCUUAAUGCUGUAACAUUUGCUACUAAUCUUCUUUGGGUGUGUAUUACUGUUCCAAUAAUGCAGCAAUUUCUGACAUUUCUCAUAAAACUUCCUCUCUGGACCUUCAAAAUGCCAGGGGGAUGUUUUUUUUCAGCUCCUGGUGAUUGACAUUUUUAACAAAAAUCUGACCAUAAAAAUAUCCCUCAUUGCUGUGUCUAUCAUGCUCACUGAAUUCCAAGGCAGCAACAAACAAAGGUGUCCAUUCCUAGACCAGAAUAUAAAAGAUUAUGCAGCCACUAACUGCUUUAUAACACCCACUUCCUUCCAAACAGAUACUUGCUGGAAAGUAUCACGUAACAUUUCACUCUGCCUUGAACAGCAUUAAUACUGAGAUAUUUCAAGCUCUCAGUCCAUCUUCCAUGUUCUGUGUGUCACAUCCCAAGCUGACUACAUCAGAGUCACUGUCACAUCUAGUAAUUUACAAAAGCAGUGGGCACAUCUGGCCUGAUGUAUUUAUUUAUUUAUUUUUAUUUUACAUUUGUUGACCGGGCUAGUCUGGCUGGAUACAUGUCCAUUUUCAGCAGAGGCCUGAGGAGAAAAGCUUCACUAUAUACUAGUAAAUCAUAAAAGAACAUGAAAACAGCACAGUAAGAUAACAAAUUAUAGGCAUGUAAAGAACUAUUAACAUAGUAACAGAACAGAAGCAAAUUCAACAAAAUCUAAAAUACAGUGAGGAUUCCUAAUCCCAUAUUCUUUACAAGGCAAGAAUAUUAAAGUUGAAGAGAGAGAGAGAAUAGUGACUCGCCCAAGAGUCUAUAUAAUGUGUACAGUAUUAACAAUAAUGAUAAACAUUUAGUACCAGGGCACUAGUUAUAAAGAAACAGCACUAGUGACUUGCCCAAGAGUCUGUAUAAUAUGUACAGUAUUAACAAUAAUGAUAAACAUUUAGUAUCGGGGCACUAGUUAUAAAGAAACAGUUAGCACAUCAGGGAGCAGGAUAAGGUUUAAAUAAAUGGAGAGAUGACUGGUUGCAGUAAUAUAUCAAGUAGAACGAAGAAAGGGAUGUUGUAGGAAAGUAAAAUGCAAGUGACAUUCAAGGUGAGCUACAGAGGAGGGGUAGUACUAGUGAUAGAGACAAGCAGAAGAGUAAAGGACAGAACUGUAAAGAGAGUUGGAUGCUGAGGUCAGUCAGGAUUAGAGCAAGGGCAUAGCCAGUGAGAUUUGAAAUAGUUCUUUAGUUGUUUCUUGAAAA